AUGGCAGCACCUCUCUGGCUCCAGUUCACGGGGCAACAGCCGAAGAGAAAGCGAGCGGAGCUCGCUUGCAUAGCAUGUCACAGCAAGAAGAUUCGCUGCGACCUACAAUCCCGAGGGGGCCAGGGAUAUAAAAAUUGCACAAAAUGUGCAGCUACUGGUAAAGACUGCCGAACGCGGCCAUCUCGUCGAGGUCGACCUUCAGUAGCCACCGCGCCUGCCUUGACACCCCCCGAUAGCAACUCCAGUGGUCGAACUGGCUCUUCAUACCAGAGUCUAUCGAGAAAGGAUAGCACCCAAAUACCGAAUGUGACCUCUCAGGAUGACUGCAACACUACCCGCCACAAUACAACUUUUAGUGAUGAUAAUGACCAGCUGGGAUUCUCAGGGAAUAUCCUUCAAGGGGUGUCCCUUGCGACUGUACAAAGUGAGGUCACUGGGAACAGUGGGCUUGACGGGUGGUCACCAAUCAGCCAUGGUGUUUCUAAAACAUUGAGUUGCGAAAAUCAGAACAGAAACAUUCCCACAGUAUCCAACGAUUCACCUGCUACUCAGCGAACAGAGGAUCAUUCAGAACAUAAUGACAGCUAUCCAGUCGGCCAUGUCUUCCUUCCGGAACUGCAAACAAAUGCAAGAGACCAGGAACGUCUUCUCGCUGAAAGACUUCCAGACGUCCCCAGCCUUCCUAAUCCAGAUCUGCAACAGAGCUUUGCAGAAACAUAUUUUGAGUAUUGUCAUCCUUGGUGUCCUGUUCUAGAUCGAAGUAUCAUCUUUGAUGAACUAUCACGAUCACCUUUACUAGUUAACGCACUAGCAGUAGUUGGCAGUCAUAUUCAACCGCCAAUGAUUCUACAUGAUGGCCCAGCCGUAUACUAUGAUCGAGCACGGAAAAGUUUCUACAACGACGAGGAAUCAGACGUUAUGACAUCUCUAAAAGCCAUCUCACUGUUCUAUUGGUGGAGUCCACGCCCACCAACAAUCCUCCACCGACACUCGUCCUGGUGGUGGACAUCAGUAGUUAUUCGGCAUUGCCAACAGCUUGGUAUUUAUCGAGAGCCCGCUCUCGAACAUCCACUUCGGCAACAGAUCGACCUCAGCUUGCGCCGUCGCAUCUGGUGGACGGCUUUUGCUCGGGAACGCCUAACUGCCCUUUGCCAAAGCAAACCAUGCGUUAUCGACCCCGAUGACUGCACACUCUCCGAGCCAACGCUAGAAGAUUUUCCUAAUCCGCAAGAUAAAGAAGGGGGAGAGAUUUUUAUAUAUUGGGUACGUCUAUGUGCAAUCAUAGGCAAGGUUGCCAAAUAUCUUGCCCGUACAAACGACUCUGCAUCGUUCCUAUUUCCUGCGAGCCUAGCCCGUGAACUCGUACACUGGGUACAAUCGCUCCCAUCGCAUCUUCAACUACCAAUCAAUUUGGACCGGACAACCCGUUUCAAUAGAAAUGUCCAUCAACUCCACCUACCUUACCUCGCUGUGAUUAUUAUCAUCCAUCUCAAACGAUCUUCCUCUACACAACCGCUUCCACAAGUCUACCCGCCCGCAAUAUUGGCAGCUACCUGUACGGCCCGUUUGAUGCGAGAUAUUUUGUCUCGAGGAGACACGAGGUUUCUCAUGGCCAUUACAGGUUGGUAUUGUGGUACAGCAUUUAUUGCCCUGUUACAGGCGCUCCGAAUCGAAAGCUUAGCAAAGUUUGCCAAUGAAGACCUUGAUAUUCUUACUUUAGCGGUUGAUCAGCUACGAAAAAUGUGGCCCACUGCUGGAGUCUUCUACUCAGGAUUCGAACGUAUACGUCCAAGCGCAGGCAACUCUGACCUGGAAGAUGUGGAUCGUCCUUCGGGCCCCGAACUAGGAGUUGGUGACGGAACUGGGUACAUGGAAAUGUCGGACGGCAUCGAUUGGACUGCUUAUUUUCCAUUUGCCACUCCUGAAACAAGUGAAGUUGCUAGUCGACUCCUGGUACCGCCUACAGAAGAGCUGUUUUUCGAUAACGAUAUUUUCACCAAUACUAUGCUUCAGUUUCAGGACCUAUUUGAGCCAUGCGACACCCUAUCGGAAGUCAAUCUCUUUAUGUAA